CUUGCCUGUGAAGCCGCGUCGUUAUUCGGGCUUGUGAGAUGCCAGCGAGCGCGAGCCUGCGCCCUACACGCCCAUGAGAACUGCCAGGAAGACGUCGCGCGCGGUCGUGUGCGUGCACAUUGAGCCUCGUGGACGUGCGCUUUCUAUGGAUCUCCAAGCGCUUGUUUUUGAAGAUGGAUACAUUUCCUUUUGAUCUUGACGCAGCCGAGAACAGCGCGGAAACAGGCACGUCUAUAAGUUUCCCAGAACACUAAGGGAUGGAGUGGCUUAUCAUCUCUCUGCUAAUACUGGUUGUUUCUACCUCCGGGCAUCUCUGUCCCAAGCGUUGCAUGUGCCAAAACCUGUCUCCAUCACUUGCUAUUCUUUGUGCAAAGACGGGUCUGCUCUUUGUCCCCACGGUAAUCGAUCGUCGGACAGUAGAACUUCGACUUACUGAGAAUUUCAUCACAACAGUAAGGAGGAGGGACUUUACCAACAUGACGAGUCUCCUGCACUUGACCCUGUCACGCAAUACCAUAAGCCAGAUCAUGCCUUACACUUUUGCCGACCUCAAACGGCUGCGAGCACUGCAUCUGGACAGCAACCGCCUCAGUGUGGUCACUGACGACCACUUCCAGGGUCUAACCAACCUGAGGCACCUCAUUUUAGCCAACAACCAGCUUCAUAACAUUGCCUCACAUGCUUUUGAUGACUUCCUGGGGACUCUUGAAGACCUAGACUUGUCUUACAAUAACCUGGUGGAUAUUCCUUGGGAAAUCAUCGGGAAACUUAACAAUGUAAACACACUUAAUAUGGACCAUAACCUUAUAGAGCAUGUUCCAUUAGGAGUGUUUUCUAACCUACACAAGCUAGCACGUCUGGAUAUGACAUCCAAUAAACUAAAGAAAAUUCCUCCUGAUCCUUUGUUUCUUAGGAUCCCAGUUUAUGCUAAGUCUAAAGGGUCUCCACUGACCUCGCUUGUUCUUAGCUUUGGAGGAAACCCACUGCAUUGUAACUGCGAGCUUCUUUGGUUGAGACGGCUUACAAGAGAAGAUGACCUGGAAACAUGUGCCACACCCCCUGAUCUGACAGCUAAAUACUUCUGGACAAUUCCUGAAGAAGAGUUCAUUUGUGAGCCACCUGUUAUUACGAGGAGGUCUUUCAAGACCUUUGCUAUGGAGGGUCAGCCAGCUAGUUUAAAAUGUAAAGCCAAUGGUGAUCCUGACCCAGAUGUGCAUUGGAUUUCUCCUGAAGGUCGCCUGGUCUCUAAUACGUCCCGAAUCCUCACCUUUAGCAAUGGUAGCCUGGAAAUAAAUAUCACCUCCCAGAAGGAUAUGGGGGUGUUCACUUGUAUUGCAUCCAAUGCUGCUGGUGAGUCUACAGGCACUGUGGAACUUGUGGUCAGUCCACUUCCUCACCUGGCCAAUAGCACUAAUCACAUCCAGGAGCCUGAUCCAGGGCCAUCUGAUAUCUUGACAUCUGCCAAGUCCAGAUCUUCCUAUAGCAAUGACACAAGAAUGCAAGAAAAGACAACAAUACUGGCUGAGCUUACUGCAAACUCAGCUCUCAUUAGGUGGCCUUCACAACAGCAUUUCCCAAGUAUUAGGAUGUUCCAGAUACAGUACAAUAGUUCAGUAGAUGACACCUUGGUUUACAGGAUGAUCCCAUCUACUAAGCAGGAAUUCCUGGUGAGAGAUCUGGCAUCUGCGCGUGAGUACGACCUGUGUGUGCUGGCUGUAUACGAGGACGGCUUAACCUCACUGACUGCCACGCGGCAGGUGGGCUGCGUCUCAUUCGUUACCCAUGCCGAGUACACCCAGUGCCAUGUGUUGCCCAGACAUUUCCUGGGUGGCACCAUCAUCAUCAUCAUUGGCGGUAUCAUUGUGGCAUCUGUACUGGUCUUUAUCAUCAUCCUUAUGAUCCGGUACAAAGUGUACAGCCGUCAGGGCCCCAAGGCCGGCAAAGGGCUAGCCAAGCUCAAGGUCCGUUCACAAAGCAAUGGAGGAGGACAGGUUCCUGGGCAAAUGCAAUGCUCAGCAUCCAAAAUCAUGGAUGGGCAAGAGGACCAAGCAUCAGGGCCUGGGGCAGGCUCAAGAGUAACAACCUCCUCUCUUAAAGACUGUAUAACCAUGGCUUUAGUCAUGGACUCUGAGAAGGGAAUGCGUAACGCAGAGGCAAGCAGUGAGGGCAGUGUAUUACCCUUACAAAAACACCACUCCAGGACUUGCCUAGAGCAAAAAGGUCAACCUUCACUAUCGACUAUAGAUGGGACGGCAACUGUGGAAGAAAACACAGCAGGCCAGCAGGUCAGUGAUGAGAAGAAGGUUUUGCCAGACUGGAGCAAUUUAAAAAUUUGAUGACCUCUUCUGCUGUCCAGCAAGAGGCAGCCACCAACCCUGAAAAAACUCUUUAGGUGACCUGAAAUCAGGGAAAACUUCAUGACUUAAUAAGAAAAUUACCAAAAAAAUAAAACAAACAAACAAACAAACAAACAAAAAAACAUGCCACUUCUCCAUCUCCAGGACUGGCCAAGAAUAUACACCAUGGUAUAUAUACCAAUUUUAAGGAUUUGCUUUUUUUAAGAACAAAGAAAACUAAGUUCAUGGUUGUUGUCCAUCUUUGGCUUGUGGAAUACUCUGCCUUAUAACCUCACUGUGGCCAGGCUACCAGUUACAGUCUUCAUCACUCCCUGAAUGGGCUGUUUAACAGAAGGUUUUUUUCCCUUUCCCAUCCUUACAGAUACCUGGACAAUUUCAGAGGCAGAUGUAGGAUAUAAGGCGACCUGAUCCACCGCUCCUUCUCAUUAUGUGAUUUUAUUUCUACAUCUGCC